UGUGCCCUAAUGGGGGUCCCAAACUAAGGCCGGCCCCAUUCACCCUCCGGGACUUCCAGAAACGUAAGGUCCCUACUAUGGGGGUGGGGACCUUCAGGGUGCAAUAUCGAGGGCGAAAGCAACAAUUGGACUUGCUGGUAGUUAAGGGCCCCUAUGUUAGCUUACUGGGACUGGCAUGGUUUGGACCUCUGGGGCUAGCCGUUACCGGGGUGAACCGCACUAGCUUACAAGUGGACGUGGACGCCAUAUGCAAAGAGUUUCCAGGGGUUUUCGAUGGGGCAUUGGGACGAUAUACAGGACCCCCCAUUGCCCUACAGCUAGACCCCGCUGUACGACCCAUCAGGCACAAGGCCCGCCGGGUCCCGUUCGCCCUGAAACCCCGCAUAGACGAGGAAUUGGACCGGCUCGUGGAGCAAGGAGUGCUGGAGUCGGUGCCCAACGCCCCCUGGGAAACUCCAAUUGUCACACCCGUCAAGCCUAACGGUUCGGUCCGCAUCUGUGCAGACUACAAAUGCACCAUAAACAAGGCUCUCACGGCCCAUGCAUACCCAGUGCCAGUGGUCAGCCAUGUCCUCGCCACCCUGGCUGGGUCAAAAAUCUUUGGCAAACUGGACUUGGCCCAAGCGUAUCAACAGUUGCCUGUGGACGAAGCCACAGCAGAGGCUCAGACGAUUGUGACGCACAGAGGGGCAUUCAGAGUUAAGCGGCUGCAAUUUGGCGUUAGCGUGGCACCAGGCAUAUUCCAGAAUCUAAUGGACUCUCUCCUUAAAGGGAUUCCUGGCGUCACCCCCUUCUUCGAUGAUGUACUGAUCGCCGGGCCCACACCAGAGGAAUUUGAGGACCGCCUCCGCUCCGUCCUGCACCGUUUCCAGACGGCGGGCCUCAAGGUGAAGCGGGAAAAGUGUUUACUGGGAGUGCCGCAGGUGGACUUUCUGGGAUUUAAGGUGGACGCAGAAGGGGUCCAUCCAACCGGUGACAAGCCCGAACUUCAGUCAUUCUUGGGACUAUUGAACUUUUACCAUGCCUUCCUUCCCCAUAAGGCAGCGGUAGCGGAGCCCCUACACAGACUCCUAGAUAAAAGGGCCCCUUGGGUGUGGGGCCAGCGACAAAGGGCCGCAUUCCAGGCAGUCAAGGACUUGCUCGUCUCGAACUCGGUCUUAGCACACUUCGACGAGAGGCUGCCAGUGGUGCUGGCAUGCGACGCCUCUCCCUAUGGCAUCGGCGCUGUCCUGGGACACCAACUCCCGGAUGGAAGAGAGGUGCCGGUGGCAUACUUCUCCCAGACGCUUGCUGCAGCCGAACGAAACUACUCACAGAUUGACAAGGAGGGUCUGGCAAUCGUGAAGGGCGUAAAAAAAUUCCAUGAUUUCUUGUACGGGCGGCCCUUUACCAUAGUGACUGACCACAAGCCUUUGCUUGACCUGUUUGCUCCUGAGAAGCAGACCCCCCAAGUGUUGUCUCCACGUGUCCUCAGGUGGUCAAUUUUCCUUGCCGGCUACCAGUAUGCACUAAUCCACCGCCCUGGGAAGGCGAUGGGCCACGCAGACGCCCUCAGCAGGCUACCACUACCAGAAACAGGCCCCGACCCAGCGCCUGCGCAAGAGGUUAUAACCCUGGAGCUGCUUCCCGACCGACCCAUUCAGGCACAAGAAGUUGCGCACCAUUCCACAAAAGAUAGGGUCAUCUCCCGGGUCCUGGACUGGGUGUGGCGAGGAUGGCCCAGCAGCAGCCCCGGGCCAGAAUUCGCUGGCUACACAAACCGCAAACAUGAACUGUCGGCCCACAAGGGGUGCCUGUUAUGGGGAAGCAGGGUUGUUGUUCCCCAGCCCCUCCGCAAAAGGGUCCUCACAGCCCUACACGAGACACACCCAGGGGUAGUGAGGAUGAAGGCCCUUGCCAGGAGUUAUGUGUGGUGGCCGGGGAUUGACAGAGAGAUAGAGGCCUGGGUCCAACACUGCCAGACCUGCCAAGAAUCCCGCCCGGAUCCCCCAAGGGCCCCAGUCCAGCCCUGGGAGUCCGCCCGACAUCCAUGGUCACGCUUGCACGUGGACUUCGCUGGCCCCUUCCAGGGAAAAACAUUCUUCAUAGUAGUGGAUUCCUACACCAAAUGGCUGGAGGUCGCACUGGUACCAUCCACUUCUACGGCGGCGGCCAUCCGGGUACUACGUAAGCUGUUUGCGACCCACGGGCUCCCUGACACCCUCGUCUCGGACAAUGGAACCGCAUUCACGUCAGAGGAGUUCCAGACCUUCACAGCGCAGAACGCCAUCCGCCACAUCCGCUCAGCACCAUUCCACCCUGCCACCAAUGGCCAAGCGGAGCGCAUGGUGCGGACCACCAAGGACAGCCUCCGCCGCAUGACACAAGGGGACUGGGAAUACCGCCUUGCCGCAUUUCUUCUAGCACAGCACAGCACCCCAAGCACAACGACGGGCCGGAGCCCAGCUGAAUUACUAAUGGGCCGGCGCCUUGCAACUAGACUGGACCGACUUCACCCCGACAGAGCUCAGGAUGAGGUAGUGGUGGGGAAAGGCAGGAACCCCCGGACAUUUGUGGCCCAGGACCCAGUGUAUGCAAAGAAUUUUGGGGCAGGCCCAGCAUGGCUACCCGCCACAGUCACCAAGGUGACCGGUCCCGUGUCGUACGAGGUACUAACGGAAGGGGGGCAAUGUUGGCGCCGCCACUGCGACCAGCUACGGCGACGAUUCCCAGGAGGAACCCGGGAGGAGAGCGGGACAGAGGGGUCCCAAGGGGACAGCAGGGCAGUGGCGGCUUCCAGAUACUGCAAGACUACAGCUGCCAUAAUUUCUGAGCUUUGGCCAUGCUGGCUGAAGCUGUUGGCAGCUGUGGUGCAAAAUAUCCGGAGGGCAGCAUGUUAG